AUGGCUGCUGAAAAGAGUGACGGCGCACAGUCUGCGGUCAGUGAGCCUGCAAGGUCAACAGCCCGUCAUGUGCAUUCCGACUAUAUUCCUACGGAUUUGGAUGAUCCACAUCGUGCCGCACUUGAAGAAAACCCUGAACACGCCGAAAAGUUGACGUGGACUACAAUUCUGGCCGUGUUGUCAUUAUCACUGUCAUACGUUUGUCCGAUUUCCUGUGGCUUUGUCCUGGUCACCAGCAUUCUUGUGCCCAUCGCAACAGAUCUUGACGGUGAUACCGCAAAUAUCACCUGGAUCGUGGGUGGCUGGUCCAUCGCGUCUUCCGUUAGCUUUUGCAUUGCAGGCUCUGCCUCGGAUAUCUUCGGUAGGAGAUGGACUAUCGUCUCUGGCGAGGUACUCGCAAUUAUUGGAUCGAUUGUUGCGUGUACAGCGAAGACAACCCUCACGGUAGCUGCUGGUUCAACCAUUAUUGGUUUUGGUUGUGGCAUCAUCUUCGUCUCAUAUGCUGGCAUUCAGGAGAUUGUGCCUAACAAAUGGCGUGGGCUGCUCGGUUGUACCGAGCUAGCAAUGACUAUUCCAUGGGCUGCAGCCGGAACGCUCAUUGCAACGUCGUUGAACUCAAACACUGCUGCUGGCUGGAGAUGGUGCUACUAUAUCGGUAUCAUCUAUGGUGUCCUGAGCAUGAUUGGAACCAUUGUAUUUUAUCACCCACCUCCUCGCCCACAGUACGACUUUGAGAAAUCUCGAUGGCAAGAGAUUAAGGAGAUCGACUAUGUUGGCUUCAUUCUUUUCACUGCUGGCCUGACAAUCAUGUUAAUCGGACUUACCUGGGCCGGCAGCGUCGAUCACCCAUGGAAGUCUGCCUCAACUAUUGCACCCAUCAUCGUUGGAGUUGUUGUCUUAAUCGCCACCUUCAUCUAUGAUUUCACUAUUCCAAAACAACCCUUGUUCCCCUUACAACUAUUCCGCCAGGUCCGAGAGUUCACCAUGUUGUUGGUGGUUGUGUUUGUAGCGGGCGCGGUUUUCUAUUCCUUCUCGGGUCUUCUUCCACAGGGCUCACUUUACAUGUUCACGAGCGACCCUAUUCAGAUCGGAGUCAUUGCCUUACCGAAUGGUAUUGCGCAGGUGAUCUUUGGAGGCUGUUUGACAAUUCUGAUGGGUAAAGUUGGUCACUUGAAGCUUCAAGUAAUCUUCUACUUGAUCGUCCAGACCGUCUUCGUCGCUGCCUAUGCAGGCGUAGUCCCUGGUAAUCGGAGAGGAUGGUCAGCAUUCCAAUUCUUCGGAAUGGGCCCUUUUGCGUUGAUCACUCUGCUAUGCUAUGUCAUUGCAGGUCUCAAUGUACCAUUGAGACAUUUGGGACUUGCCUCUGGGCUGAUAGGAACCUUCCGAAGCGCUGGAGGUAGCGUUGGCAACGCAGUAUUCAACACUAUUUUAAAUGGUGUUGUGAAAGAUCAAAUUCCAACCAGACUAGCUGCUGUGGCUCUUGAGAACAACCUGUCCCUUGAUGUUCUUGAGUUCCUGAUCCCUGCUACUGCGAUGAACGCUGUUGGUAUUCCAGGUUCCUUUGCGACUGUACCUGGGAUCACUCCCGCGAUUGAAGCAGCUGCCGCUCAGGCUUACAAAGAGGCCUAUGCCUAUGCCUUUACCCGAGUUUUCUAUGCCUCGAUUCCCUUCGGAAUCCUGGCCAUUGUUUGCGCAUGCUUCAUCAAGGACCCUUCACAGUACCUCACCAAUCAUACAGCUAUUCACCUGGUGAAAGAGGUAGUGGGACCAGCCGAGCACAUCGAACAUGGCAAUCAACAAUACCGUGAGGAGUCUAAGGCUCCGUCAAGUUCCGACACUGAUAAAGCGUCCUGA